AUGCGCUCUUGUAGAAAUUCUAAAUCACAAAAAAUAAAACCGUGUUAGUUGUUUGUCCACGUCAAAAAAUAUUUCUAGAUCACACUUAUCCUGAGAAUUUCUGGCUCUUAGUCACGGGAGUGGGGCCACCCUAAGUCCCCAUGGCAAAACUGACCCCAAAUUCCUCUUCUUCCUUUCAUUCCACAUUUUACUCCGAGAUAUUAGUCUUCACAUCACCACCCAACCAGAAAAAAUAUCAUUUGAAACAGUAGUCUCAAAUAAUUAUAAUACUUCAUUCAGCCAAACCAACAAAAAAACAAUAAUAAGUCGUACUCAAAAAAAUAUUAGGAUAAUAAUCAUAAAGAAAUAAAAAUUUGAAAAUAUAUAUAUAUUAAAAUUAAGAAAGAAGAAGUUUAGAGUCAGCGAGACAUUCGGGUUUUCUGGCUUAGCAAACGGAACUCUUAUCCCGUUGGUUUUUGCUUUCAAAAAGCUGUAGCCUAUUGUCACUUUCUUUUACCGUCCAUUUCCUAAUUCACUCUCUUUAAUCAUUAUUCUUCUCCUUCUCUUUCUUUAGAAUUUUCUCGGGAAAAAGAAUAAAAUUCCACUACCUAGAUUUUCUUCUGCUCGUCGGUUCUUUUCUGUCUUUUCAAAAUCAGUUUCUACCGCCUUUGAUAGAUGAUUCUCUUUCUGUGUCUUGAUUAUGACAAUUCUAGCCGAUUUUCAUCGCGAUCAUUUUCUUAAAAAAAAAGCCUAUUGAUACAUAUAUUACAUUCCAAUCGACGAAGAAAGAACGACCCCCCCAUCAAAAAAGAAAAGUCUUAAUAAUGAAUCGGCAAGUCGUACAGCGAUCGCAGCAGAAGAAUCGCCCAACUCCUCUUUUAUCAGAUAGAUCGCCGAUUCAGACGUUGAUUCCUCGAGAGAAGCGGCGAAUUGGCGAGAUGGCGGGAGGUACAGCGGCCGAGUGCGCGGCCGUUUGUUGCUGUUUUCCAUGUGCGUUGAUGAACCUUCUGGUUCUGGCCGUCUACAAGGUGCCUGCAGGGCUUUGCCGGAAGGCCUGGGCAAAGAGAAAGAAACGACAGCGUUUGGCAAAAAUGGGCCUGUUACCGCAGAGGCCCAGUGGGCCAGGUGGGCUCGCACGUGAUGAGCUGGAGGCUGAGAUAAAGAGAGUCAAAGAUGCGGCGUUGGAGCAGGACAAGAUCAACGGUGGAGGAGGUAAUCAAGGAGCGACCUCGACCAUUGAUCUUUUGGAGGAGGAGAUGUGGGAGCGGUUCUACGGUUCAGGUUUCUGGAGAAGUCCUUCGCAGAAAGAAGAUGAAUUAUGACGUCAUUUAGAUAAAUUUUGUUUUUUCAGUUACUGAGAUAUGAUUUUGUUCGUACACCUGAUUUGUUGUAAAUAUUCCUUUGAGAAAGAAAUGUCGUAGUUUGACGGCUCACGUAGAGAACCUAUGCCUUCCCGCAGAGGAUAACAGUGUAUACAUUUUUUUUCCUGGGAUAUUUAAUAUUGGAAAAAACUGGAAAUUGGGAAGA